UAGUGGAGGGAGGGCUGUGAUGAUGAUGCUGCUGCCUCUGGCUGCGGUGCACAUCAGCAGCUCGGACCCAUCACUGGCGCGCCGCACAGCGGGCUUCUUCAUCUCGCCGAGGUCGUCCGCUAGGCGCAAUUACAACGAAUUAUAACGUGAACGCAGAUGUAAAUCACGGUAUUCGCUCUACCGCUUAAACGAAGGCGUUUUCUGACAACAUGUUAGGACAAAAGAAGACAUCGCUCUUCCAACCUCCAGCCUUCAUACCGUCCCAGGAUUAAUCUUUGAGCUUGAGCUCCAUCCGCCAGACCGCCGAGACGUCGACCGAGAAGGGGGCUCUCUUGUCGCCGUUAGCCGGCUCUCUUCUCGCCGUUAGCCGGCUCUCAUUUCGCCGUUAGCUGGCUCUCUCUCGCCGUUAGCCGGCUCUCUUCUCGCCGUUAGCUGGCUCUCCUCUGGCCGUUAGCGGGCUAAGCUAGCUAGUGUCCUAGCCGAGAGCUCACAGCAGACACCGUUCCAGGCUGGAGGAACACGCACAUAGCUAGCUUCCUGUCGCUCUCAUCAUCACACACUGGAUUAAACAACGGCGUGGCGUUCAAGAGGGCAUGCCUGAGUGACGAGCAAAGAAGGAAGUGGGAUCUCUGAAGCUCCACCCCCUCUGCUGGUGGAGCCUGUGCACAUAGGCCAGAGACCCCUUUAAUCGUGUGUUCAGGAUGCGGAGGUUUGCCUACUGUAAGGUGGUGCUGGCCACCUCGCUGGUGUGGGUGAUGCUGGACAUGUUUAUCCUGCUGUACUUCAGUGAGUGCAACAAGUGUGACGACAAGAAGGAGAGUGGCCUGCCGGGGAGAGAGGACACUCUGACCCGGCCCCGGGACGGGCCCGGAGAAGGGGGGAAGCCUGUGGUGAUUUCCAAGGACAACCAGGAGAAGAUGAAGGAGAUGUUUAAGAUCAAUCAGUUCAACCUCAUGGCUUCAGAGAUGAUCGCUCUAAACCGAUCGCUGCCCGACGUCCGUCUGGAAGGGUGCAAGAACAAGUUGUAUCCAGACAAUCUCCCUCGCACCAGCGUAGUGAUCGUGUUCCACAACGAGGCCUGGAGCACGCUGCUGCGCACAGUCCACUCGGUCAUCGACCGCUCGCCACACUCCCUCCUAGAGGAGAUAGUGCUGGUGGACGACGCCAGCGAACGAGACUUCCUGAAGCGUCCCCUAGAGCAGUAUGUGAGGAGGCUGGAGGUUCGCGUCAGUGUGAUAAGGAUGGAGCAGAGGUCUGGGCUCAUACGGGCUCGCCUCAAAGGAGCAUCUAUCUCCACCGGCCAGGUCAUCACCUUCCUGGAUGCCCACUGUGAAUGCACCACAGGUUGGCUAGAGCCUUUGCUAGCACGCAUCAAAAUAGACAAGCGGACGGUGGUGUGUCCCAUCAUCGACGUGAUCAGCGACGAUACGUUUGAAUACAUGGCGGGCUCCGACAUGACCUACGGCGGCUUCAACUGGAAGCUCAACUUCCGCUGGUACCCCGUCCCGCAGAGGGAGAUGGACCGCCGCAAGGGAGACCGCACGCUGCCCGUCAGGACCCCCACCAUGGCGGGGGGCUUGUUCUCCAUAGACAGAGACUACUUCCAGGAGAUCGGCACCUAUGAUGCUGGCAUGGAUAUCUGGGGAGGAGAGAACCUGGAGAUCUCCUUCCGGAUCUGGCAGUGCGGUGGAACCCUGGAGAUCGUCACAUGUUCUCACGUGGGUCAUGUGUUCCGCAAGGCCACGCCCUACACCUUCCCCGGGGGCACGGGUCAGAUCAUCAACAAGAACAAUCGCCGCCUGGCCGAGGUGUGGAUGGACGAGUUCAAGAACUUCUUCUACAUCAUCUCUCCUGGCGUGACCAAAGUAGACUACGGUGACAUCACGUCUCGGUCGGCUCUGAGACAGAAGCUUCAAUGUAAACCCUUCAGCUGGUACCUGGAGAACGUCUACCCGGACUCUCAGAUCCCCCGCCACUACUACUCCCUGGGAGAGAUCCGUAACGUGGAGACCAAUCAGUGCCUGGACAACAUGGCCCGCAAGGAGAACGAGAAGGUCGGGAUCUUCAACUGCCACGGCAUGGGAGGCAACCAGGUCUUCUCUUACACGGCCAAUAAGGAGAUCAGGACAGAUGACCUGUGUCUGGACGUGUCCAAACUCAACGGGCCGGUCAUGAUGCUCAAGUGUCACCAUCUGAAAGGAAACCAGCUCUGGGAGUACGACCCUGUGAAGCUGACCCUGGUGCACGUGAACAGUAACCAGUGUCUGGACAAGGCCAACGAGGACGACAGCCAGGUGCCCAGCGUCAAGGACUGCUCGCACGGCCGCGCCCAGCAGUGGCUGCUGCGCAAUGUCACGCUCCCGGAGAUCUUCUGAACACCUUCCCCGCACACACACACACACACACACACACACACACACACACACACACACACACACACACACACACACACA